GCUGGACUCUUGAAAUGUUGACAUGCUGUUAAAAAAAUGAGGACAACUGCAGCACGCCGACACCAGUAAACUGGAUUGUUCUGAGACACAGAACCGCUGGUCUGGUUUCUAAAGCUGCCUUCAUUAACUGGGCUGCUUUUCUCCUCACUCAGCCGCCAUGGCGCUCAUUAUGAACAAAGAUUCAGCCAUUAUCCAGGCGGCUUUCCUGCAGGCGGAGAAGCUGUGUAUCCCCUUGUCUCUGUCCUCGCUUCCCAAAGCCGACUGGAGCCGUGUCGGGCGCCCGAUCUUACUAGCACUCCAAGAAGUCUGUGGACUAGAUGAACCUAACAGUCGACCCAGUCUUCAAGCUUUAACUUGGAAGAAGAGGAUUGUUUGUGUCGUGUGGUUGAAGCUGUUGAGCAGAGAAGCUGGGGAGGAUGUUGAAAAGGCUUGGAGGGAGAAUCCGUUCUUCUCCCUCCAGAACAGCCUCCCUGAGAUGAACCACGCAGUUCUGAUGGAGUUGGUGAAGUCGACUGCUGCUGCGCCUAUUUUUGCCCGUUUCCUCCUCCUUCUUCCCCGAGAUCGGAUCGCCAUGGAGCUGGGAAGGAUAACGGAGCACGUCAGGAGCGAUCCCGCCAGAGAAGAAGAUGUCAGAUUUUUUCUGGAAGUUUGGUGGGAGUUGUGGAAAGGCAGAGAGAAACUUAAAUCAGAGACCGAAGAAACCAUGGAGACAAUGUUUGCCAACCAGUUUGCCCGUCUGAACUCAGAUUCUCCUCAAGCUGCAAAGAGGUUGAAGCUGGACUCUGCAGAAAUGACAGCAUCCUCUCCAAACACUGACAUCCUGCAUGUUCUCUUUAAUGCGCUGAAAGACAUGAUGGAUCUGGUAUCUUCUACAAAUGUGUGUUUUCAGUCGCUAUGCAUUUCUCUUGAUGCUCUGUACACAUCCUUCCUCAUAAUGGAGGAAGUCAUUCUUCCUGUAACAGAGAAGUUGGACGUUUUGUGUAAAAUGACCAACUGCAGUGGAAAGAUUGAGACCCUCAGUGCUGAACUUAUUCGAGACGCUCAGAAAGACUUGAGUGCCUCUCUGUCACCGUCUCCGUUUCAGCCCAGCACGAUGACGCUGUCUGAAGCCUUGAAGAUCAUCGUAUGUCUUGUACAGUUUUGGAAAGAUAAAGGCCUUCUGGUGGUCACCGACCCUUUGACUCCAUGUUUCUCUGCCGUCCGGCUACAACGGAGCAUCCAGAGAGUCCUGACGGCUCUGGAUGAAGUUCCUGAAACUGCAGCAGAGACGAACACGCUCAGAGAUCUACUCAAGUCCCUGAACCUUCCUGCUGAGGAAAUCACUCCUGACAUUCAGGCUCAGUUAACUGCAGUGAUCAUCACUCACCGCAUGCAGGAUUACCAAAGCUUUGCAGAGCUGUUUGCAGGCCAGGCAAGCUGGGCUCGUCCUGAGCUCUGGGUUACCUGCCUGGAGGAAAAUCAAGCUGCUUUCCGGCAGCAUCGUACCCUCCUCAGCCUCUCCUCUACCCUCAUGAGUCUCCUACAUGCUGAGAACUCCGAUGUUAGUCAGUGCAGGAAGCUGAUGAAGAUCGCCGCAGAUAUUUUUUCUGCACUUUCUUUAGAAGACAAGAACCAGACGCUUGCUGCCAUGUUGGGGUUAUCCAGCAGGGGCUUCUUCAAGCAGCCUGUCCCCUACCCUGUAGCAGAUGGCUUCCAACAGGAGCUCAACAUGGCCUUCAACUGCAUCAUCCAAGGAGGGGGCGGAGCCUCAGCAUCAGUGUCGCAAGGCAACCUGACCACUGCCGUCUCGUUGGUGGCGAGAGUGGCCUUUCAGAACCCAGAGGCAACGUUAAAGUCCUGCUGCCACUCAGCCAUUUUCAACAAGGGAGCAUUCUCCCUGAUGGCCAAGAUCCUGCAGCAGCUGCCUGGACUCAAAGCUCAGCUGGGAGGAAAAAAUGAAGGAGAACCUAAAGAUGAUAAAGUAAAUGUUGCGAGUGGUAGGAGUCUGCUAUGCAGGUGUUUGCAGGACACAAUCAGGAACAAAUCCAUGUCAGCGAGUGAAAAGCAACAACUCCUCAAGUUCCUGGGUCUUCUGAUGACGCCAGACAUGAUGACUGAGGAGAAGAAGAAGCAAAGUUUCCUGUUGCCUCAGGAGGUCGUCAACACCUUUGUCUUGCCCAAUCUCUCAGCUGUGGGUGACGAUAAGAUAGACACAGAGUUCAGUCUGCAGCUUCUCCAUGCUGCUCUGUCAGUAGAAGCAGCUCCUUCCCCUCACUGGGUGCUGAAGUGCUCUCCACUCCCCCUCCUCUUUGUCUUGGCCCAACUCUACAACCAGGCUUACAGAUGUUGGGAGGAGCCAGCAGAGGGUGCCGUCCACCUACGCUCCAUGGACACGAAGGAGCUGCUGGUGUCAGUGCUGACCACUCUGGGGCAGCUGGUGGGGGCAGAGAUCGAGGCAGCCCCCAGCAGCUGGUCCAGAGCUCUGUUCUGGCUCUACAACAAGACCGAGGCGUUGGAUUGGACCGUUCGGUUCCAUCUGACGCCAGUGUGGGGAGAGCACUUUAAAAACGAGGUGCCCUCCUCUCUGCUGGAAGUCUGUGACCUUCCUGAAGAGGACUGGUCUGGCCUGGACCUUCCUGAAUACGGCCAGGGAACGGGUCUUUUAGCCUGGAUGGAGUGUUGCUCCCUGUCCGACUCCCUGCGGUCCACCAUGCUGUCCCGUCUUUCUCUGGACCAGCACCGGCCCGACCAUGUCAGCAUGUUCAGCAAAGGCCUGCUGGUGGUGCUGACGCAGACCCUCCCCUGGUGCUCCGUCUCCCAGUGGGAGCGGCUGCUGGGCGUCCUCAGGGAGCUGAUCACGUCGGCUCGCCUCAGCGUCCCGUUCUCCUUGGAGUACGUGGACUUCCUGCCCCUCCUGGACCUGAGGCAGUUCUCAUGCGAGCUGCGCCUGUCGGUUCUCCUGCUGCGAGUCCUGCAGCUGCUCUGCGGCUCCAGCUGCUCCGACUGGCUGUCCUCUGACGGCUGGGCCCACACCUGCAGGCUGUACGCCCAUGCUGUGAGGGACAUGAUGAACUGUGUGAAAGCCAAGCUGCCUCUUCAUUCUUCUUCUUUAGAGUGUCCUAAAGCUCCUGAUUCCUCAGAGUUAAAUCUGUCUGUUAAAGCUGUUAAAAGAAAUCAUAAUCCUGUGAAAUAUACAGAAGAUUUUCCUCAGGAGUCAGAAGAUGCUCACAUGGAGGAGGAGGCUGCAGCUCCGAGCCAAGAGGUCCUCUUCGUUCUCAGCCAGCUCUUCUGCCACAUACAGCACAUCCAGGUGAUGAUGCCAGGAGGCCAGUCUGAGCCUCUGUUCCUAUGCAGCCUGGAGAUCCUCAGUCACUACGAGGCCGUCAUGGCGGCUUUCCCAGACAGCUGCAGCCACGCGGAAAGCGACAACACACGCCACUUCUUCUCCACCAUCACAGACAACCUGAGCAACCAGCACAUGAAGGCAGUGCUCCAGCAGAAGAUUGCUCAGCUUGUGUCGUCUGCAGCUUGAACAGACACUCUGUGCAUGUUUCCUACUAGAGACGACCUGCUGAUUGAAGAUUUUUACGAAAUAAUGACAUGCGUUGAAUAUCAGAAUGCGCACUUUACUCAGGUGUAAAAACUGAACUCUAGUAAAUAAAUGUUAUUUUCUAGUGCAAAGAUA